AGAUACAGUGGGUGGGGGAGCUCUACAGACGUCACAAGCUUGUGAGGCCACAGACAGCUUGUGAGGCAACCCCAGUACAUUCAGCUCAUUGGAGAGAAUGGCCAAAGGGAGGCGUUUCAACCCGUCUUUGAAUAAUGACGGAAGAUGGUUCACUCACACUGGUCUGACGGAGAAGACACCAGAAUCCAUCACGUGUACUUCCCUGAAGGAAACCCACUGCCCAUACUUGUCUGAGCAGGUGGAGAGGAGGCUGCCACCAAUCUACAAAAUUCGAGAGAAGCAAGCAGCAAACAAAAACUUCCCUUUCUCUGUGCAUGACAACCGCCACAGUUUCCAGAACUCUGGAUACUAUUUUGACUCUGGCUUGGGGCGCAAGAAGUUCACCCCAGAUCAAAAGCAACACAUUUCUAGAAAUUUCAAUCUCUGGGCCUGUGACUACAUCCCAUCCAAUUUUGAUGGUCUUUCAAAUAACCAAACAUCCUACGUACCUAAGAAAGCUGUGGUGAUCUCAACUUUCCGACGAUUUCCAAGAUAUUAUGAUGAGAAAUGGAGUGACUACAAGUUUGCUUACAACCAAAACUGUGCAAAGUUUUUGGGAUACCAGCCAAAUGGAGAGCUUGCUGUUGACCCAAAGGUUGUCUCUCCCCAGGCUUGUGCAGGAUCCCUAAACCUUCCAGAGGCUCUUGAUGAGGUUUGUGAUGUUAUCCCAUCAGGCGGUCAUAAAGACUCUGACCCAACACUACCUCAUGAUUGCUGAAAUACUUUUGUGAUUUUUAUAAGGUUGAAAAAUUCUUAGGAAGGUACGUGAAGCUAUUGCAUGUGUAAAUUAACUGCUAAGAUUGUCAUGUUAACCUUUGGGGGUUUUAAAAAAAAUUUUGUACUUCAUAUAUGAUUAAAUUAUCAUUUUGAAAUCUU